GAUUUUUUUGCAAAAUAUGGUCUUUCGAUGUCUAAGGUUCGAGGCCAAGGUUAUUAUGGGGCUUCCAAUAUGAGUGGUGCAAUUAAUGGCUUAAAACAAAAUUUUUUGGAGGAAAAUAAGCAAGCACAUUAUGUUCAUUGUUUUGCUCAUCGCCUUCAAUUAGUGAUUGUGUCCUCUUUGAAGAGCAAUGGAAUAGUUGGUAGUUUUUUUAUCAUCUCAUCAUGAUUGUAAAUGUGGUUGGUGCAUCAUGUAAGAGAAAAGAUGAUCUUUUACAAAAGCAUUAUGAGGAUCUUGUAGCGCGUAUAGAACGUGGUGAGGUUAGCACGGGGAAGGGGAAAAAUCAAGAAAAAAGUCUAGCACGACCGGGUGAUACUCAUUGGGGUUCCCUUUAUAAAACAAUCAUUAGAGUUGUUGAUAUGUGGGAUGCGGUCAUUGAGGUGCUUGAAGCUAUAUUUGAUGAUGUUGUUGAUCUCAAAAGUAAGUCCACUUCUUCUAGUUUGAUUGAAAAAAUGGCAUCCUAUGAUUUUGUGUUCAUUGCGCAUUUCAUGUUGCAAUUAUUGGGAAAAACUAAUGUGCUAUCAAAG